UCACAUUGGAUACUUGUGUCUAUUUCUUUAUCAACUUCAUCAGCCCAGUUGAGAGGUUUUCUGGAUGAAUCAAUUAUAAUAUCAGCAUUAACUUGCUUCCAGUUUGUUUUUUUUUUUUUACCUAGAAACGAAUGAAGACAUUAAAGGUUAAAACAGCAGUUAAUGAAGUAAAUACUUUAGCAUUACUAACUACUACAUGCAAAUGUCAAGCAACUGGCUAAUUAUUAAAAAAAGUUACAUUUCGAAAUUUCCAUAAGACAGAACACAUUAACGAUCACAACAAGGGCAAGAUAAAAUAGUAACACGUCUGUGAGAUUAGAUAAAUUUUGAAGAUGCGUAAGAAAAAAUUACUGAGAAUUUAAACAUUGAAUUCAACGUGAUGGAAUGACGUUUUUUUAAAUUUAAUUUUUCAUUCCCAUCUGUUAUUAUGGGUGGGUAUGGUUUGAUAUCAAGAGUUAAACAGUGUAACAGUAAUUUGCACUAACUACCGAAAAUAGUAAAAUAAAUAAAUAACCACUUGAUCAGAUAAAAACUGCUGUAAAUGUCGUAUAUAAAACGGUAUAAAACUUUAUUCGCCGAUAUCUGAGCCCAUUCUUAAUAUACUUGCCACGAGGUUUCUUACGUGAAAGAAUAAUGGCAUAAUUUUGGGGAACUAUCGCACUUAUCCCCAACAACACAAAACAAACUAAAUAUCACAAUCUAAAAAUAUAUAACACUUCUAAGCAAUUAAUAGCAAAACAACUAAAAUAUAUAUCAUAAAAUAAAACAAAAAACUGUAAGCACUAAUAAUAUGUUUGGAACGAACCUAUCGCAGCCAUUUUGCACAAGCAAGACUGAGGAUUCGUUGCAUCCUUGGGAUUUUUUAAUGGCCGUGAAGAAUCGACUUCGAUUUAUGGAAUUUGUGAUAUCCUACAAAAAUAAUUAAAUUAACAAGAUAAGAUUAUUUUUAUAAUUUUUUUAAAUUAAAAAAAUGUUUAAAAAAUAUAUAAUUAAAGAAAUAUUAUUUUUUGAACUUCUACUUAACCUAAGGCAAAAAUCCUUUUAGAAAAAAUGAAUAUAUGCCAAUUGUUGUUAAAUAUUAAAUUAUUUCUUUUUUAACAAAGAUAAACACUAAUAUCAGAUUUUUGUUUUUAUAAUAACAUCUUCUCAGUUGGCGGUAACUUGUUGUCAAAUUGUUAUAGAUGAAUAACCUGAUAUCGCGGUAUAGAUUGUUAAAACUUGAUUGUUUGAAUUAAGGUUUCUCGAAUUAUGAUGUGUUAAUACUUGUUUAUUCAUUCUUUAUCAGUUAUUAAAAUAAUUUCAAAAUGAAUGGGCCUGGUGUAAGUAUAUUUCAAGGCAAUGAUUCAAUCAAACUUAAUAAUUCAAAUCAAAAGGAGGAGGAAGAGUUCUUAGAAGAUGAAAGAAUUCGGAAUGAUGAGUUGAGGAGUUUAAUCAAUAAAGCCUUUAGUGAUCUUGAUGAGGAUGAUGACAGCUCUAUUUCUAGCAGUCACUGCAGUUUACCUUGUGAAACUGGUUAUAAUUCUACUCAAAAUUCUGUUUCUGGCAAAGAAAACCAAUAUUCAAGAGAAAGUUCUAUAAGUUCGAAUUUUCCUAGUAAUCAUAAGACACAAUUGGAAAACAACUACAUAGAUCACUCUGAUCUUAUUAACCAAAUUCCCUAUAGAGGUAAUUCAUACCAAGUACCCAAUAAUGAUGGAUAUUCAUCUCAUAAUGACCAUUGUUGCCAAACAAAUUCUUUUGGGCAUAAUGCACCGCCUAACCACUUAGAAGUUUAUAAACAAACUGAUUUAAAUGGAAUGACUCAAUUGAAAGUGUUGUAUGAUGUUAGAUUAAGAGAGAUUGAAAAGCUCAAAAAUGAUUUAGAAGCUGAAAGAGAUGAAAAAGAGCAUAUAUUACGUAAGCUGAAUGUAAGUGAACAUGACAAGAAAAAAUUGGAACUUAAUUUAAAUAGCUGUCAGUCUUUGUUAACUGAAAGUAAGAAGAAAAUAUUGGAAUCAGAAAAGGAAAUAGUUGAUCUGAAUGAAAAUAUUAAGAUAAUAGAAAAAUCUAAGUUAGAAUUGUCAAAUGAAUUAGAAAUUGUUAAGGAACAAUUGCUUCACCAACAGCAGAAAUACAUUGCUCUCGAACGUUCUGAUAUUAAUAUAAAAAGAGAAAAACAAAUGGAUUUGGUAAUCGAGUCUAUAAAUUCUAAGCAUAAAACUGAAAUCAAUUUUCUGCAACAACAAUUAGAUGCUGCUAUAGAUAAAAUAAACAGAAAGGAAGAUGAUUACAAAAACCUUGAAAAGAAACUUGAAGAAAUGGAGCAGAAGCAUGCUGCUAAUUUAUUGAAUAAAUGCGAUUCAACUAUACGUCAAGAGGCAACUGUUAAAGCAUUAUUAGAUGAAGCCAAUAAAGAAAAAUUGGAAUUGACGAGGAAAAUCAAUUCUCUUCAGCAAGAGUGCAAUAUGCUGAAGAACGAUCUUGAGCAGUGUCAAAUGUUUCCGAAGUUAAAAUAUCUUGGGAACAGUUCAUCUGAAGAAAAAGAGUCUGAUUCUUUUAUUUUAUUGAGUUCCUCAUGGAAACCAGAGUCUAAAAAGAAGAGUAUGGACCUAAUACAAACUGAUGUUGUCAGUAAAUUGAAAGAUGAACUUCAUAGAGCUCUAAUAGGGCAAAGAGCAAAAAGACUGGAAAUAAGUAAAUUACAGGAACAGAUUAAUCAUAAAGAUUCAAUUAUUAAAAAAAUGAAAGAAGAUGAAGAAUAUCAUUUGAAGCAAACUGAAAACUUGAAGAAAGAUAUGGAUAAUAUUAUGCAACAAGCCGCCAAAUCAAGAAACCUAAUGCAAGAAUCCGAACAAGCUCAGUUACUAUUGUCAUUACAAAGUGAAAUUGAGAAGACAAUAAAAGAAAAUAUCAGUAAAACAGAAAAAAUAUCAGAGUUAGAAAAAGAAAUUGAAAAAAUAAAAGGGAUUGAAGUCUCUAAUAAAACAAAAAAUCAUGACUAUUUAAAAUAUUAUGAAACUGAAGUUGAUAGAUUAAAAACUGAAAAUGAGUUAUUAUUGAAAAAUAAGGAACUCGAAUGGGGAAGAGAAAUGGAAAAACUUUUGACUGAAUGUGACGAAAUAAAGCAGCUUUAUAUGGAAAUGAAAAUGAAUAAAGAUAAAGUAGUUGAAAGUUCAAAGGAAUUGAAAAUUAAAUUCGAAGAAGUACUCAAAGAAAAACAAGAACUUGAAGAUCAAUUAUUAAAAAAGGAAGAAGACGUCAAACAGCUUCAAGAUCAUAUUUUAAAACUUGUUGAAGAGAAGAAAAUAGUAGAAGAAAAAAUAAAGAGUGAUUUUCAAAAAGAAUACAGAACCAUGUAUGAAAAGCAAAAUGACGAAAUAAAAGAAUUAAAGUUAAAAAUAAUCAAUGCUACCACUUCUGAGGAAGAAUUGAAAAAUUUAAAAAACGAAAUUUUCGUGUCAAAGCAAAGAUAUUUGGAGUUGGAAGCAGCAUUGAAAAGGAAAUUCGAAGAAGAAAUGCUGAAACUAAAUGAUGAAAAUGUGAUAUUAAGAGACAACUUGAAGAAAAGGGAGGCUGAAUUAACCAUUCGGAAGAUUUGCAUGACUCAAAAGAAAGACAUUGGCACUGUUACAGAUGACUUGAUGGUUUACGAAACAAUUUAUGAACAAAACCUUGUUGAGAUAAAAAAGUUAGAGGAUGAAAUAUACCAUCUUAGAAUUUCGGAAGAGGAGAAAAAUAAGGAAAUAUUGGAACUGAAGGCUUCGUUUGAACGAAGAUUAGAUGAAGUACUUCUGGAACUAGAAAAGAAUUUGGAAUCCAAAUAUCAAAAGGAAAUAGCAUUAACCGAACAUAGGGUAAAAGAGCUAUCUCUAAAAUAUUUGUCUGAAGAAAUCGACAAACUUCAGGUUGAGCAUGUUAAAGAUAUUCAGUCUGUCAGAAAUGAAGAACUAAAGAAAAUACUUCAUUUGAAAACUGUUAUAACUGAAAAAGAAGGAGAGGUGAAUGAUUUACUUUUGAAGGUAGAUGAAUUGAAAAAAUUAAUUAUUACAUAUGAAGAAGAAAAAGACCAAGCUGCUCGUAUGAUGAUGCAGUGGGUCAAAGAGGUGGAGACCUUGAAAUAUGAUAAAGAACAGAUUCUAAAAGAAAAAGAAAGCAUGAAGACGUGCAAUCAGGAAUUAAUUAAAGCAUUUGAAGAAACAAAAACAAAACUCAAAAAUACUAGAAAGGCUGCUCUUGUUUAUAAACGUCGACUAAACGAAAUCAAAACAGGAUUAUCUGAAAAAUAUAAGAAUUUAUUGAUCGAUAUUCAGCAAAAAGUGGAUGAUGCUGUUGCAGAAAAAGAACAAGAGAUAGAAAUCAAAUUGAAUGAAAUAGAAAAGGAGUAUAAAAAUAAAGAAAAGCUUUUAAGGCACGAGUACGAUAUGAACUUGGUUAGUUGACUCAGCAUUACUAAAUGUCUAUCCUUAUAAAAUUGUAUUAUCUGUAAAUAAUGUAACAUCAAGUUGUACAAAUGUUGUUUUUAUAGAUUGUGAGUGUAAGUAGUUUAUUUUUUUAAAUUAAAUUAUUUAGUGUUGUAUAGCUUUCUGUAAAUUUAAAUCAGUACAAAUGUUAUAUUAUUUUUUUUAAAUAGUUUAUAUUGUAAGAAUCGAUUUAUUUAAAUUUUAUUACAGAUUAUCUUUAAAUAUCAUCAUAAUAUUUGUUUGUUGUUUUAAAUAUAUAAAUUAUUAACGAGAUAUGUUUCUGUAUAACUUUUUUUGUAAAUAUACUAUUUUCUACAUUUACAUUAAGAGGAAAAAAAUGUAACCAUCCUUUGUUAUUUGUUAUUUCUUUGUUGUUUGCCAAUAAAAAUUACCACAAUAUUUUAUAAUUAUUUGCAUAUAUUAUAUAAAACAAACUAGAAUUUGAUACAUUUAUAAAAUUGUUAAUUAAGAUUAAAGGUAGAAAUAACUGAAUGAUGGGUAAGGCUGUGAAAGUAAAGCUUAUCAUCAUGACCUGCAGGCAUCAUAUAAAACAACAGAAUUAUAUGAAUUUAUAUAUUUUUUGUUAA